GGGUGGUUCGCCGGCUCGGCUGGGGACUACUUCGUCGGCGGGGCGUGGCUGUGAGCUGAACCGCUCCGGGACCCCGGCGGUUGGGGUGAUCGAGGAGAGCAGCCUACUUGUCCACACAAAAGGGAGGGGACUGAGAACUUAAGCCUGCCUCACCCCGGAGCGGCCGGGUUAGACCUGGCUUGGUGGGUGGGGAGGAGAGAGGGCCCGAGUCCGGCGCCUGGGCUGGUUGCGGGGAAGAGGGGCAGGAAAUAGGCUUGAAGCGGGACGGAAGGUUGAUCCUGGGGUGGAGCCUCCGGACAGGGGCAGGUGAUGGGAGCUUUGGGGUUAAGUCUUGGCGCUUGGGUUUGAGGUUUCGUAGUUCAGCGAGUUGGGAUGGAAGGGGGCACGCAGAAAUGGCAGCUCAGACUUAGUCCCUUGAGGUGCGACGCAAGGAUUUUGUAAUUUUCUUUAACCCGCCGUCUUCCCCUUCUCGCAAGGGGUCUAGAGUCCGUGUUCUCUGCAAUGUUUGGAAAAAAAGAAGGACCAGGGUUCUUCUGACAACUUAGCUCCGGGAGGCAUCUAGAGAAGUAAAGGCCCGGGGCUCCCAACCCUAAGGGGAGGAAACACAGGGUCCUGAAGUGUUUGUCCUCCCCUCCUGCAGGUCGGUAUUAUGAGGUUAAAUGAGAACACCUUGCUGCUGGGGAAGAAGGUGGUGCUAGUACCUUACACCGCAGAGCACGUGCCUAGGUACCACGAGUGGAUGAGAUCGGAGGAGCUGCGGCGUCUGACCGCCUCGGAGCCCCUGACUCUGGAGCAGGAACAUUCCAUGCAGCGGAGCUGGCGGGAAGAUGCGGACAAGUGUACGUUCAUCGUGCUGGAUGCAGAGAAGUGGCAGGCCCGGCCGAGCACCACUGAAGAGAGCUGCAUGGCGGGAGAUGUAAACCUCUUUCUCACAGAUCUGGGGGACCCCUCCCUGGGGGAGAUUGAGGUCAUGAUUGCAGAGCCCAGCUGCAGGCGCAGAGGCUUUGGCACCGAGGCCGUGAUCAUGAUGAUGUCUUAUGGAGUGACCAAACUAGGUCUGACCAAAUUUGAGGCUAAAAUUGGGCAAGGAAAUGAACCGAGUAUCCGGAUGUUCCAGAAGCUUCACUUUGAGCAGGUGGCUGUGAGCAGCGUCUUCCAAGAGGUGACGCUCAGGCUGACGAUGAACGAGCGUGAGCGGCAGUGGCUUCUGGAGCAGACCAGCCACGUGGAAGAGAGGUGCUAUGGCGAUGGGUCGUUGGAGUCCCAGUGACAGCUGGCCUUGUCAGCAGCUGCCCUGUGUGAAUGGGGAUGCUGGGACCACACAGAACAUCAGAGCUCCGUAACAGAAGGUGAACUGUUGGUGGCUUCGGGGCACAGUGCACCUGGCCCCUCUGUAGCCUGCGACGCUCCCUGUGGGGCCCUUUGGACUCUGGGCGACUGGUCUUGGCCUCCCUCAGGCUGGCCGUGUGGAUGAGUGACUUCCGAGACAGCCCAUCCUCCUGGCCAGCCCUGGACUCGGAACCUGGAGUGGACAGCGUGAAUCCCCAGGAGGCAGGGUGGAGGUGGGAGCAGAGAGCGACUGGGGGCCUGGUGAAGGGAAGGCCAGAGGCACCCUGUGGAGGAGGCCCUGGCUGGGAGUAAACCGCACUGCACGGCA